AUGGACAAACAAAAUGUGCAAAUGAAUGCUCCACACCCAGGAACAAAUUUAACAGGUGAGUAUCCCCUUGAAUAUCCAUCAGCAGCAUUCCCAGGACCUCCGGGAUAUAUUGGCUGUCCUGGCCCCCAGGCUGGCUAUCCAGUGCCACCAGCUGAUUAUGCAAGUCCUGGCCCAGCUGGCUUUCCUGUCCAACACCAGCCAGUGACUAGUCACCCAGGUGAGCCCACCCAGGUAUCAUGGAUGCCAGCACCACUACCUCCAUUAAACUGCCCGCCGGGACUGGAAUAUUUAACUCAGAUAGAUCAGCUAUUGAUUCAUCAGCAAAUGGAACUUCUGGAAGUCCUCACAGGGUUUGAAACUAGAAACAAAUAUGAAAUUAAGAACAGCCUCGGACAGAGGGUCUACUUUGCGUCAGAGGAUACUGACUGCUGCACUCGGAAUUGCUGGGGGCCUUCUAGGCCUUUCACCAUGAGGAUUCUUGAUAACAUGGGCCGAGGAGUCAUAACUCUGGAGAGACCGCUGCGGUGCGCCUGCUGCUGCUGCCCCUGCUGCCUGCAAGAGAUAGAAAUCCAGGCUCCUCCUGGUGUCCCAGUAGGUUACGUGACUCAGACCUGGCACCCUUGCCUGCCAAAGUUUACAGUUCAAAAUGAGAGGCGAGAGGAUGUGCUAAGAAUUUCUGGGCCAUGUGUUGCCUGCAGCUGUUGUGCAGAUGUUCAUUUUGAGGUUAAAUCUCUUGAUGAUAAGUAUGUGGUUGGCAAGAUUUCCAAGCACUGGACUGGCCUUGUUAGAGAGUUAUUUACAGAUGCCGAUAACUUUGGCAUCCAGUUCCCGUUAGACCUUGAUGUGAAAAUGAAGGCUGUGAUGCUUGGCGCAUGUUUCCUCAUUGACUUCAUGUUCUUUGAAAUGAUUAAGUGA